AUGGCGUCCGCGCUCCCGCUCCUCCUCGCCCCCCGCCCCGUCGCCUCCCCGAGGCCCGCCCCAACGGGCCGCUUCCUCUCCCUCGCCGCCGCUCCCGUCCCGGCAGCCGUCGCCCCCCGCCUCGCGCGGCUCCAGCCGCUCCACGCGGCAUCCCCCUGCAGCUAUGUCGUCGCGGCAGCGACCGGAGGAGCGGAGGUGGCCAGAGCGAAGUGCUUGCAGUUCGUGGCCUGGUAUCUUCUGUCUCUCGACAAGCACCCGGUGGCCACUAAGGCGGUCACUUCUGCUCUGCUGAAUAUGGCCGGGGACCUCAUCUGCCAGCUUGUAAUCGAUAAAGCGCCAAAGCUGGACUUGAAGAGAACAUUUAUGUUCACGUUAUUGGGACUUGUCCUGGUUGGGCCAACCUUGCAUAUCUGGUACUUGUAUCUGAGUAAAUUAGUAACUGUUACUGGGGCUUCAGGUGCCAUUUCUCGCCUGUUACUUGACCAGUUCAUCUUUUCUCCAGUUUUUAUUGGAGUCUUCAUGAGCAUACUGGUAACCUUAGAGGGAAGGCCAUCUCUUGUAGUGCCAAAGCUUAAGCAGGAGUGGUUCUCUUCGUUGAUCGCGAAUUGGCAAUUGUGGAUUCCCUUUCAGUUCCUGAAUUUCUACUUUGUCCCACAGAAGCUACAGGUUCUUGCUGCUAAUUUUGUAGCCCUUGCAUGGAAUGUUAUUUUGUCAUAUAAGGCCCAUAAGGAGGUUAUCGCGGAAUAGCCAAAUAGGU